AUGGAGUACCGCUGGCGCAGCUUGCUGGUGGAGCUUACCCAGGAGCUGGAGCGCCAAUCCUUGGAACUGCAGCAGCUCAAAGUGGGCUCCAGGAACUCCUCCAAGGACCUGUCGCAGGAACUGGGACCUCCUCCUCCAUUACUUCCAGCUCCACGGGCACCCGAAGCCGUCGUCGACAAGGACCAACAGCUGAAGCAAUUGGUGGACGCUUCGUGGUCCCUGUCGCUUCAACCCCACGGCGGCGCCGUCUCGAAGACUUCCAGCACCACGCACAGCGCAGGGCACAGCAAGGCGGUGAGCGGCAGCAAGGACACGACCCAGAGUGAAUCAGUGCUGAACAGUUGGCUUGGAGCACGACGUGUCACCGCGCCGGAGAUCUCCAUCUUGAGAUUGGCAGCCAGAACUAAAGACACACAGGAUAUGACCUUUUCGGAACAACCUGGGUUUACCGUCAUGCGAGCCCAGAAGACCCGAAAGUUUGUGCAUCAGAAGCCUUGGUACGUCAUCAACCCAGAUACCAGCCUAUGGGCAAAUGUUUGGCAGGGUGUGGUAGCUGCUGCAUUGAUGUUCGUAGCCUUCGUCACACCAGUGCAGGUUGGGCUCUUCGACUUGCAGUUGGAUACACUGAUGGUUUUCAGUUUCUGCGUUGACUUCGUCUUCUUGACAGAUAUGGUCCUGCAGUUCUUUACCACCUAUUCACGCGACACCUCAGACGGCAUUGUUUGGGAAGUGGACCUUCGCCGGAUCGCGUUGCAUUACCUGCAGACGUGGUUCUUGCUCGACUUCAUCACAGUGAUCCCCUUCGACGUUUUCACCCUAGCCGCGGAUGGUGGGGCGAUGGACGAGUUCAAGAGUAUCAAGGUCCUUCGCGCCCUUCGGCUCUUGAAACUCAUUCGCUUGGUGAAGACUUCGAGGAUCAUUCACAAUCUGGAGAUCCCCUUGUCCAUUCCGUAUCAGAAGGUGGCUCUAGCUCGAUUCUUGAUCGUUUUGGGUCUCUUCUGUCACUGGGUCGCAUGCUUUUGGGCUAUGACGUUGAAUUUAGGCAGCGACUACGAAAAACAUUGGUUCGAUGUAGUCGAGGAUCCGCAUGAUAAACGGCCUCACCGUAUCUAUGUUGCCGCCUUCUACUAUGCUUGUUACACCAUCACAUCUGUGGGCUAUGGAGAUAUCACACCGAAGAACGUGGUGGAACGCUCAGUUAGCAGCGGUAUUCUGCUUGCCUCUGGCUUGGCAUGGGCCUACAUUCUGGGGGAGGUGGGAGCCAUCGUCGGCGACAUGACCGCGGAGAGUCAAGAGUUCAGGAGAAGGAUGCAUCAUCUCAACGUGAUGAUGCAGGAACAAGGGUUGCACCAUGACCUGCGGCGACGCCUGCGGAGUUUCUUCUUGCAAAAUCGGCAUCAUUGGGUGCAUCAAACACGAAACCGGCUUUUGGAGUCGAUGAGUCCUCAACUUCAGAACGAUGUGUGUAUGCAGACGGAACUCCAUUGGUUGAGGAAAGUGACCGUCUUCGAUGUCUUCAUGAAAUGGGUGGAGGCCAAGGAGAGGUUGGGCAUCUACACGGGAAGUUUUUACGGCUGUGUGGCGGAUGUCACUCGACAGUUGCGCUCCACAGCCUUUGCGCAGCAGGAAACCUUCGCGAACGUGCAGGUGCUGUACAUUUUGUCCAAAGGUUUGGUCAUGCUGAACAAGAAAGUGGGUGCUUACGGCGAGGUUUGGGGAGAGGACUUUGUACUCUCAGAUCCCAGCUUAGUGCGACCUAUCGCAGGAACGGCCUUGACCUACAUUGAGGUCCACUACUUGACGCGCGAGUCCUUGAUGGAGGUCAUCGCGCGCAACCGCCAUGGCUGCCCGCAGUUGGAGAAGAUCGUUCGACGCUACUGCGUCCGGCUUGCGGUCUACCGUGGCAUCAUCGCAGAAGCGAAGCGCAGGGCCAGGCUGAUUCUAAGCGAAAAGGUGCGCCCUGGGCUACAGGAAGCAAUAGGGCAGUGUGGCUAUCGGAUUUCAGGUGGCCCAAUAUCUGGGCAAUAA